CGCUGAUUGGCCGGCGCAUCCCCAACGCAGCGCCGGCGAGGAGGCCGCGGCCGAUUCCUUCCCUUCAGACCCGCGGCGUGACCGUCAAGCCGGGUCGCCGCUGCCGCUGCCGCCUCCGCUCCUUUCGCCAUGGCUACGUCUUCCUGGGUUCCGAAGGUCUUUCGUUUUCUUGGGGGGUUCAGAAUUCAGAAACAGAUGACCAGAAAUUUUGCUAGUAAUCCUCAGACGGUAACGUUGAUCCCAGGAGAUGGUAUUGGGCCUGAAAUCUCUGCUGCUGUGAUGGAGAUUUUUGAAGCUGCUAAGGUCCCUGUUCAGUUUGAAGAAAGAAUCGUGACUGCCAUCCAAGGACCCGGAGGGAAGUGGAUGAUACCCCAAGAUGCCAAAGAGUCUAUGGACAAGAACAAAAUAGGAUUAAAAGGCCCUUUGAAAACUCCCAUAGCUGCUGGCCACCCGUCCAUGAACUUGCUGCUCCGUAAAACAUUUGACCUGUAUGCCAAUAUCCGUCCUUGCGUGUCCAUCGAGGGCUACAAGACCCCUUACACGGAUGUGGACAUCGUCACCAUACGAGAGAACACGGAAGGCGAAUACAGCGGCAUUGAGCACGUGAUUGUGGAUGGUGUUGUGCAGAGCAUUAAACUCAUCACCGAGGACGCAAGCAAGCGGAUUGCUGAUUUUGCUUUUGAAUAUGCCAGGAAUAAUCAGAGGAGCAAAGUUACAGCUGUGCACAAAGCUAACAUUAUGCGAAUGUCUGAUGGCCUCUUUCUGAAAAAAUGCAGAGAAGCCGCAGAAAACUGUAAAGAUAUUAAGUUUAAUGAAAUGUACCUUGACACCGUGUGUCUGAAUAUGGUGCAGGAUCCAUCUCACUUUGAUGUCCUCGUCAUGCCAAAUUUGUACGGGGACAUCCUUAGCGAUCUGUGCGCAGGCUUGAUUGGGGGUCUUGGUGUGACUCCCAGCGGGAACAUCGGUGCUAAUGGAGUUGCAAUCUUUGAAUCAGUUCACGGAACAGCUCCGGAUAUUGCCGGGAAAGACUUGGCCAACCCAACGGCCCUUAUCUUGAGUGCUGUCAUGAUGCUGCGUCACAUGGAAAUGCAAGACUUCGCCAUGAAAAUAGAAACGGCUUGCUUCGAUACCAUCAAAGACCAGAAGGUCUUGACCAAAGAUUUGGGAGGCAACGCCAAAUGUUCGGAGUUCACCGCAGAGAUCUGUCGCAGAGUGAAAGCCAUGGAAUAGAAGCCGUCUCCGUGUCCUCCUGGUUUCAAUCCCUCCUAAAGGAUGCUGUUAUUUAUUACGUGUCACAUCCAUUUUUUUCUUUUUCUAGAAAUAAAUUCCAUUUCCAUUGCUUGAAACGAUAAAAUUGUUAGCUACCCUUAUAUUUCAGACCCCUCUACUUUCCAGAAACACUCCAAAACUUGAAGUAAUAUUUUUUUCUCACCCCAGCAGUAGAAGACACUCCUCAAGCUGUCCUUAAGCAGCUUCCUCGCCUUAAGAUAGCACAAAAUAAAAAUUUUCCUUUGGAAAUAGAAUUAUUUUUUUCAUUACUCACUCCUGGAACCUGCCUUUCCAAAGCAUAAAGACUUAAAACUCUGGGCAUUUCAACUUGUGUACAUAAAACGUCAAAUAUCCAGAUUUUAAGGGCAGAAGGAAUAUCAUUCAGCGAUAAAAAAAAUAGCACAUUAUCCUCAUACAGCUUCAGUAUUUUUUUUUACACAUCAUCUCUUGCUCUAGCAUUUUCCAACACUGAUCUGUUCUAUCCAUUGCCUUUGUCUGCUGCUGAUUAUGAAGGGAACGCUAAUGCUUUUUUUUUUAAAAAAAAAUAUUUAUCUUGGUGAAUAUCAAAUAUAUAUUUUGGGGUUGGAAUGUAUCUGCAGGCCGUUUGUAUUGUGCUUGGCGUUUAUAGAGCUUUAGGUUAUAUUUCAGCACGCUGCUCUGCAAUGAACUGGGUUUCAAAGCACUACAGUAAAAAAAGAAACCAGAAAUGCAUUUGGUGUGAGGUGGGACAACAUGGAGAAUGCUGACGGUUGCUUGAUUUGUUUUUGUUCCAGGUGAUGUGAGCAAAUACAAAAUGCAUGCUAAGGUGGGAGUUUUCUCCUGUUGCAGAGGGAUCAAUGAAUGAAAUCUCCUUUGUCUCGUGGGAACAGAUGUUGGUGGAAGAGAGGAAUUGCAGAGAUGCUGGGUACGAAAGCAUCAAUAUUUCUGCUGCUAGUAUUUCCAAUCCUUAAAGAUGGAAUCUUUCUUUUCCUUGGAAAUUCUUGGAAGUCCUGUUGGCCUUUCCUUAUGUAGUCCACUAUCCUGCAAACCUUUAGAAAAGGAGUGUCCAACCUUGGCACUUUUUAGGCACUUGCGGACUUCAACUCCCAAACAGCCACACUGGCUGGGGAAUUCUGGGAGUUGAAGUCCACAAGUCUUAAAAGGUGCCAAGAUUGGACACCUAUAUUUUAGAAUGUCUUGCAUUGAUUCGCUAGCCAGCUUCUAUCACUUGUGGCACAUUCCCAUUUAGUUCCCAAGUUUGGAGAUAACGAGCUAUGGCAGGAUCACCGAUCUAACCAGGACUGCCAACCUCCAGCUUGGUGGGGAAUUUUGGGAGGGGGGCUGGUAUUCAUUUCCAUUGAAAUCAGACCAGCAGAACUGCUUGCGUUGCUACCAAGAAUUCCGUUUGAUAUUCUCAAUGGUCAGAAAAGUAGCCGUAAAGCAGCCAGCUUUAUCCUGUGUGUGAUUCUGCACGGUGUUUAAUGCAGUCACUUUCAUAUCUCUAUAUGGGCUCAAAACCUGGGAAAGUUUGACUAGUCCAAACUCUGUUUUUGCAGCUGUCUGUAAUAAAUGAGGUGGGGGCUUGCCAUUUGAUGCAUAACGAGAGGGAAAUAAAAGACUUUACAAAGAAA